ACCAGGGACUGCGGACACAGUCCAGGGGAUGACCAGAGACUGCGGACACAGUACAGGGAAUGACCAGAGACUGCGGACACAGUACAGGGGAUGACCAGACCAGAGACUGCGGACACAGUACAGGAGAUGACCAGAGACAGCCGAUACAGUCCAGGGGAUGACCAGAGACUGCGGACACAGUCCAGGGGAUGACCAGAGACUGCCGACACAGUACAGGGGAUGACCAGAGACUGCGGACAUACUACAUCAUAUAAAGGAGCGCACUAUGGACACAUGCCAGGAAAGGGGAGGAGCUGUAAGGACAGGCCACACCUGCGGACCGGACUGCAGAGCACGGAGAGCAGUACACAGACAUGCCAGGAG